AUACACCAACCAUUGUAGCGGUUCCUUCCACAAAUCCUGUCACGAUUUCCCCUACAAAUCCAGCUGCAAUGCCCGUAACGGUUCCUUCUACUACACCUGCUGUUCCUUUACCUCCAACAAAUCCAACCAGUUCACCGGUUCCGGCCUUCAAUCCAGCUACAACACCUUCAACUGUUCCAGGUGCGCAACCAGUAACCAACCCUGUAACGUCUUAUCCACCUCCAUCGGGAAGUGUUCCUGUUCCUGUCAUAAACCCUCCUUCAAACACAAAUGCUCCUUCUGUUCAGGGACAGAGUUGGUGUGUGGCGAAAGCAGGUGCUCCACAAGCCUCCCUUCAAUCAGCACUGGAUUAUGCUUGUGGAAUGGGUGCUGAUUGUUCUCAGAUACAGCAGGGUGGGAGUUGUUUCAGUCCAGUCACUUUGCAGAGUCAUGUUUCUUUUGCUUUCAAUAGUUACUAUCAAAAGAAUCCAGCUCCAACAAGUUGCGACUUUUGAGGCGCUGCCACCUUAAUUAACACAAAUCCAAAUUCUG